AUGGCCUCUGACGAUGCUGCCGCCGCCCGCGCAGAGGUCAUGAAGCAGCUCGAUGCGCCCGGCAAGCCUGACGUCGUCCUCGUCAGUCACUCGUACGGCGGCAUCGUCAUCUCCAAUGCCGUCAAGGGCCUGUCGGUGGCUGACCGCAAGGCUGCCGGCAGGAACAACGGCUUCAACGUCGUCUACAUCCACGCCGAGCUGGACAAGGCCAUCGUGCUCCCCGUGCAGCAAGUCAUGGCCAGCGCUUUCCCCGCCGGCUCGUACGUCGCCACCCUCAACACCAGCCAUUCGCCUUUCCUGUCGCAGCCCAAGAACACGGCCGACAAGAUCCACGAGGCUGUUGUGCACUUUGUCAAGAAGAAGACUGCGUAG